AACCAGGAUGCCAAGGAUGCAAAGAAUGUAUCUGGUGAAGGUUUAAUGGAGUCAGAUGAACACGCUAAGAAAUCAAGUGGCAUGGACUCAAAGGUAAAGAGUCCUGUGCUACCUGAAAAGCAUGGAUACCUAAUGUCGCUUCUCUUAAGAAUUUCUCAUAUCUGGCCUCUCAAAUAUGUGUUUAAGAUACUUAAAAAGAUUGCAGUGUUCACUGGCCUUUCAGAAGAGGUGGAGAAUGUUGGAAGUGCUGAUCAGAUGUCCCCAAACAAACGACGUUUCUUGAGUGGCAAGAAGAGGAUUGGACGCUUGGCCAGGCUCAUUCUUAUGGUUACUCCCUACAGAAUACAGUGUGCAUUGGGCUAUCGCACUGGAGAAAGCAUAGGGAACACCUCUGCUGAUGACAUAAGGAAGUCUCCUCUGAAACCAUGUGGAAAAGGCAGUAAACGGAAACAGGAUGACUUGGAUAUGGAAGAGCAGCACAGCUGGGUAGCAUUCAUGACUGAAGAUUUUCCUGAUGAAGACCAAGCUGAUGACCCUACAUAUGAGCCUAGUAAUUCAGAGUCAGACAGUGAAGAGAAUAAGUCAAAGAAUGACACUGAAAGUGAUCUGGAAGUUGAAGAAAAGGAUGGCAUUGUGAUGCUGAAAGAAACUGCACAGGAAGACACACCAGUCAAUGAAGAGCAAGAAAAUGCAUCAGAAAGCAAAGGGCCCAGCUCAGAUGGAGAAGAGCAGAAGAACACAGCUGCCACAGGUUAG